GGGCACAGCGAAACUUGAGACACUCGCUUCUUUCCAAUCAACCCCAGCCUGCUCUCGGCACCUCACCAUGUCUUGCCACAACUACUGCUCUGGAAGCGACAGCUUGGGAUCCCUCAGAAAUCUGUGUCAUAUUCCUCUCACCUCCUCCAUUUCCCUCUGCUCUACAAAUGUGAGCUCUGGAGAUGUCCUCUGCUUGCCCAGCAGCCAUCAAGACCACACCUGGCUCCUGGACAACUGUCAAGAGACCUGCAGUGAACCAACCAGCUGCCAGCCAGCCAACUGUGAGCCCAGCAACUUGGAAACUUCUCACUGCCCCUCCACUGCUUACUACGUGUCCGGACCCUGCCAAGGAACCACUUUUCUUCCGGCUGCUUCUUACGUCUCUAGCUCCUACCUCCCAGCAUCUUGUAGACCUCCGAGGUAUGUGUCCAGCAGCUGCCGACCCCUGCGCCUCCUCCCUUACGGAUGCCGCCCCUUGGGUUGUUUGCCCUGUGGUCCUCAACCCCUUAGCGUCGUGUCCAGCUGCCUCAGACCUCUGCAUCCUCUCUCCAUUGGAUACCGACCUCUGACCCAUGUGUUCAGCACUUGUCAUCCAUCUUGCUCUCCACUGGGAGGCCAGUACCCUCCUUGUUCCAGUUUAUAAUCAUGCUGAAGAUCCAAGGCAAAAAUUCCAACUCCAUGGACUUUUGCUUCUUUCCUAGUAGUGACUGCAUUUUCUUGGUUUUACUGUGCCUGAUCUAAUGCAAGCUGCUCUUUUCACAUUUUUAACUCUUUUUUUCA